AGACAAAGGUCUCCUGAACUAAAAAAAAAAGAAGCCCUUCUCUCUCCUCCAACCGCCGGUGCUCGCUCCGUCGCUCGCCAUGGCUUCCGGGGCCGCGGUCGCCGCACGUCGCCUUCUGCUGUUGCGCCACCGCCGCCACCACCUCGUUCCCAAUCACCACUUCUCUUCCUCCUCGGCGGACGAAGUGCUGGACGGGGGCCGCGUCAAGAUCUUCGAUCGCGAUCUGAAGCGCCGACACCGGGACCGGGCGGCGUGGGCGAUGCGGGAAACUGAUCCACUGGUAGACGCGGUCGCAGAUAACCUCCUCGACCGCCUCGAGGACUGCAGGAAGGCGUUCCCCUCGGCACUCUGCCUCGGCGGUUCGGCCGGCGCCGUCCGCCGGUCGCUUCGCGGCCGCGGUGGAAUCGAGAAAUUGACCAUGAUGGACAUGUCGGUAGACAUGGUGAACAAGUGGCGGGAGUUGGAGAGUGCUACUGACGACGGCCCCGAGAUGAACUUUAUCGUUGGAGAUGAAGAGUAUCUUCCUAUCAAAGAGAACUCCCAGGAUUUGAUAAUGAGCUGUCUUGGACUUCAUUGGACAAAUGAUCUACCUGGAGCAAUGAUACAGUGUAGGUUGGCGUUGAAGCCUGAUGGCCUUUUUCUUGCAGCAAUUCUUGGCGGGGAGACUCUGAAGGAACUAAGAAUUGCAUGCACAAUUGCUCAAAUGGAACGUGAGGGAGGCAUCAGUCCUCGAAUGUCGCCAUUAGCACAAGUCCGUGAUGCAGGAAACCUUUUGUCAAGGGCAGGCUUCGCCCUUCCAGGAGUUGAUGUAGAUCGAUAUACAGUCAAGUACAAUAGUGCUCUUGAACUUGUGGAACAUCUUAGAGCAAUGGCAGAAACAAAUGCUCUCUUUCAAAGAAGCCCUAUAUUAAAGAGAGAUACAGCACUAGCUACUGCAGCCAUUUACCAGUCAAUGUUUGGGUUAGAAGAUGGAACGAUUCCAGCAACCUUUCAGGUAAUUUACAUGACUGGGUGGAAGGAGCAUUCAUCACAGCAAAAGCCUAAGAGAAGGGGUUCUGCCACUGUAUCAUUUGGUGACAUAAGGAAACAAUUUGGUUCCAACCAAGACUGAAGAACUUUAUGAGCUAUGAAAACAUCUCUCGAGGAAGGAAAAGAAAACCCCUAUUUGCUCACAACAGAACUUGGGGUUUCCGAGGCUUCCCAUUUGUGGAAAAAGUGUACUCUGUUGGUUCCCACCAAAACUCGCGGAAGCGUUCCUUGCAUCGCUCACAAUCCUCUUCUUGUGCAUCUGGGUUGAUCUCGACACGCCCUGAAAACUGGAAGCGGAUCAUGGAGUGGACGAAGGAGAUGCUAUAUAUUUGUAGUCCGACCCUAGCCUACGUGUUUCCACUGUAUGCAAUUAAUAUCCCAUCACAUGGAAAAUGAUGUUUUUGUAGAACAAAAAUGUUGCGAUAGCUUUCGCCAAAUCUCAUUGAAGUUCUCAUUGAAACUUAUUUGCUUUGAGUUGUGAACUUAUUUGGUUUGGAGACUUUUUAUGUUACAUGGUGUGAGACAUGCUAUCCCUAUC